UGAUGUUCUCCUAACAGGAUCAGUACAGCAUCAUUGCACAUCACUACGCCAGCGCUGCCAGCACCUUGCUAGAGUAUUACACUGUAUGGACCAGAUUAAGAUGUCUUAUAUGUCUUAAACAAUGCGUUCCUCCUCCUUUUCCAACCACGUUUCGUGUGCGGCACAACUCACGCUCCUCCGCUCCUCAUUUCCUCAUUGAGUGCCCAGCCCUCGGAGACGCUCUCCUUUCGCCCAUCGGAGCUGAAUAUCCUCCUUCCCGAACCGUAAUAUCCCUUGCUGCCACGCGGGAAUAUGAUGCGCCGUGUCUUACUCCUCGCCGGCAUCGUCGGUUCUGCCGCCGCGUAUCCACAGGGACCCGUCACUGCCAACGGCGCGAAGCUCUUCGACUUCGAGAAGGCUCAAUUGACAGAAGACAUCCUCUCUAAGUUGGACGAUGUUUUCCAGUUCGAUAAUGGCGAUGACGUGAAGCUCAAUGGCCGUGGAGCUGGUGCCGACUGCAAGGUCUUCCCAGGAGACAGCGCGUGGCCGUCUGAUGCCGCGUGGGCAAAGUUUGGUAAGGCCGUUGGGCCUGGUGCUUUGAUCAAGACCGUCCCUCUGGCCUCUCCUUGCUACAAUGGCCCGCUAUACGAUGCUGCCAAGUGUGACGCGUUGACUGCCAACUGGACAAACUCCUUCCUCCAUAUGGCGGAUCCUACCUCCAUGAUGUCGCCAGUGUACCAGGGUUUAACCUGUCAAGUAACUGAGGACCCUACUCAGUCUUGCACUUUGGGUGCCCUGCCCUACUACGCCGUCAAUAUCUCGACGGUUGCCCAGGUCCAACUGACAAUCAACUUCGCGAGAAACAACAACAUCCGUCUCGUUGUUAAGAACACUGGCCAUGAUUUCUCUGGAAAGUCGGGUGGUGCUGGGUCCCUCAGCAUCUGGACUCACAACUUGAAGAAUAUUAAGCACAUUCCCAGCUACUCCGCACCUGGCACCUCCUACACCGGCCCCGCCUUCAAGGCUGGUGCCGGUGCCCAAGCCUUUGAAAUGUACGAGGCAGCAAACAAGAAGGGAUUGGUGGUUCUCGGCGGCGAGGGUAAGACUGUUGGAAUCAUGGGUGGUUACAUGCAGGGCGGUGGUCACUCACCUCUCUCGUCUCUCUACGGCAUUGCUGCUGAUCAAGUCCUCUCCAUGGAGGUCACCACAGCAGAUGGCAAAUUCGUCACUGCCGACUUCACGCAGAACACUGAUUUGUUCUGGGCCCUCCGUGGUGGUGGAGGCAGCACCUUCGGUGUUGUCACCUCUCUCAUCAUCAAGGCGUACCCCGACAUGCAAGUCACAGCAUCCAACUUCAGCUUUGCCGUUGGAGGCGACGUCACGCUCGAGAACUUCUGGAUCGGCGUCCGAAACUACUUGGAUUACUUCCCCUCCCUUGCCGCUGAGGGUAUCUACGCUUACUGGUUCAUUCUUGCCGGCGAGACCGGCCCAACCUUUAAGAUGAUGCCUUUCUUGGCACCAGGCAAGACAGCCGACGAAACCAACGCUCUCCUCGCGCCCUGGUUGGCCCAGCUAGCCGCAUUAAACAUCCACGUCACGCCCGUGACCACUAACUACGAUAACUUCCUCACUGGAUGGGAGGCUUCCUUCCCCCUUGAGGUCGUUGAGAAGACCCACGUCGCCAGCGGUUCGCGCCUCUGGCCCAAGGAGAACUGGGCCAACAAGGAGUCUCUGGACGCCAUGUUCAACGCCAUCAAGACCUCCUCCGAGGCUGGCCUCAUUAUCAUCGCAUUCCUCAUCGAUCCCUCCGCCCAGGCCACCCCACCCGACAACGCCGUCAACUCCGCCUGGCGCAACACCUACUCCCACAUGAUCCAGUCCGUGUCCUGGCCUCUUGGUGCCAGCGCCGAGUUCCAGAAAGAGACGCGCCAGAACUUCACUUUCGGCGCCAUGCAGCGCUGGCGUGACGUGUCGCCCGGUGCGGGUUCAUACCUCGCCGAGAGCGACAUCCUCGAGCCGAACUUCCAGCAGAGCUUCUACGGAAAGGCGUAUCCCCGCCUUCUGAAGCUCAAGAAGCAGCUCGAUCCCAAGGAUGUCUUCUUCGCGCAGACUGCUGUCGGAAGUGAGUUCUGGCAGGUCGUCACUGCGGAUGGGCUGCCCAGCGGAAACGGAAAGCUGUGCAGGGUCAAGAAGUAGGUGUUGAGGAUGCCGAGGGGGGGGGCCGAAUGGCGCUGCUGCCUUAAGCUGCGCGCUUGAGAGUUCUUCUUCUCAUCGAUUUCGAUCGUGAUCUAGUUUGGGGUAGUUAAGAUUUUAUGUGGACAUGUGAGUAAAUGAAUGCCAAAGGCAAUGUUAUGAAAUAUAUGCGAUUCGGUAAAUAGAAUAAAUAUCAAUGCCACUUCGAAAGGCGAAUUUAUUACGACUUAUUU